CGCCCGCCGCCAUGGUGCUCCAAGAUCUCGGGCGGCGCAUCAAUGCCGCCGUCACCGACCUCACCCGGUCGCCCAACCUCGACGAGAAGGCCUUCGAUGCCAUGGUCAAAGAGAUUUCAAACGCCCUGGUCGAGGCCGACGUCAACGUCAAGCUCGUCAUGAACCUGCGCCAGUCCAUCAAGCGCUCCGUCGACUUCAAGCACCUCGCCCCCGGCGUCAACAAGAAGCGCCUCAUCCAGAAGACCGUCUUCGACGAGCUGGUCAAGCUGGUGGACCCCCACGCCGAGCCCUUCAAGCCGCGCAAGGGCAAGUCCAACGUCAUCAUGUUUGUCGGUCUGCAGGGUUCCGGUAAGACGACGACGUGCACCAAGCUGGCGAGAUGGUACCAGGCACGAGGCUUCAAGGCCUGUCUGGUGUGCGCCGACACUUUCCGUGCCGGUGCCUUUGACCAGCUGAAGCAGAACGCAACCAAGGCCAAGAUCCCCUACUAUGGUAGCCAUACCCAGACGGAUCCCGUGGUUGUUGCGGCCGAGGGUGUGGACAAGUUCAAGAAGGAGCGCUUUGAGAUUAUCAUCGUGGAUACGUCUGGACGACACAGGCAGGAAAAGGACCUCUUCGACGAGAUGGUGCAGAUUCAGAGUGCCGUGCAGCCCGACCAGACUAUCAUGGUCUUGGACGCGACAAUCGGUCAGGCCGCAGAAGCCCAGGCGCGCGCGUUCAAGGAGUCAGCAGAUUUCGGUGCCAUUGUCAUCACAAAGACGGACGGUGCCGCAGCAGGAGGAGGUGCCAUCUCCGCCGUCGCCGCAACACACACGCCCAUCGUCUUCAUCGGAAACGGAGAACACAUGCUGGACCUCGAGCGCUUCGCCCCGCAAGCCUUUGUCUCCAAACUGCUCGGCAUGGGCGACGUGCAAGGCCUAGUCGAGCACGUGCAGUCGCUCAAACUCGACCAAAAAGACACCAUGAAGCACAUCACCCAAGGCAUCUUCACCAUCAAAGACCUCCGCGACCAGCUCUCCAACAUCAUGAAAAUGGGCCCCUUAUCCAAAAUGGCCGGCAUGAUCCCCGGCCUCAGCAGCAUGAUGGGCGGCAUGGACGACGAAGAAGGCGGCACAAAACUAAAACGCAUGAUCUACAUCUGCGACAGCAUGACAGACAAGGAACUCGAAUCCGACGGCAAAAUGUUCGUAGACCAGCCUACCCGCAUGACGCGCAUUGCCCGCGGCUCAGGCACCUCGGUCCGCGAGGUGGAGGAACUACUCACGCAGCACCGCAUGAUGGCCGGCAUGGCCAAGAAAAUGAAAGGCGGAAUGGCCAAUAUGCAGAAAGCGCAGGGCGCUAUGGGCGGCGGGAAUAAACAGCAGCAGCUCGCUGCUAUGCAGAAACGCAUGCAGAGUAUGGGCGGUGGCGCGGGCGCCAUGGGCGGAGGCGGAACGAAGAGACGAAGGAAGGAAUCUAUCCGCUUAUUCACAACAAACGCAAAAGCUCAUUCUAAAGUCGACGUGUGGUCUGUUGUGCUUACGGGUAGCGUGCACGCGUGAGGAUAGGCAGAUUGGUUUGAAUCAGGGGCUGGAUUGCGGGUAGUUUGAAAGGUAUACUGAGAUGC